CGAGGGGGUUUGGGAUUUCGGAUUCGGAGAUGGGGACCCACUUAGACUUAGAUUUGUCGAUGGGCCUUCCACCUAGUUGCGUCGGGGCGACAUCGACGGACCGGGCUCCAUCGAGGGACGAGGCGCCAGGACAGACUUCGACGCAGACCGCGCGAGAGAGGACGACGACUGAAUUUCCAGAUGCAGCACGCGCCAUCAUGGAGCGAGAGAGGGCUCGACUUUUGGCAUCGAGUGACCCACGUGCUCAGGCGUUCGCACGGGCUGUAGAGGAGGUCAGGCAUCGAGAGAUUAGGGGGGAUUGUGUGCAGGGUGGGGUGGUGGCGGGGGAGGACGUUGCGGAGGGAGUGGCAGCAGAGUCGGUACCCAAGGCUAUAUUGGGUGGAGGAGAGGCAGCGGACGUUGCUGUGGAGGGACGGCCUCAAGCGGUGGAUGAGGGUGUGCAGGCAGGACAACGACGAGUCGAGGGGGCUAUAGACGCACGACGCGAGGUCCAGGAGACAGCGACGGGUCCAGUCGUUCCGUUCUUGGGCCUGCACUUGGCUCAGGCCCGACAGUCGCAGGCGGUUCAGAUGGCAGUGCAUGGUGUGCCACCGCCCGUUAUCACGGAUUUGGGGUCCGAGCCGGUGGUUGUGCCCCCACGUCUUCCUAGCCACUUUGCUCCGCAGGAGGUCCGUCGUCCUUUGGAUGCAGAGGAGUUGGCGAGAGAGGCUGUGCGCAAUGUUACUCAAUUGGACCGACGGAUCUUUGACCGGAGGCUCGAGCAUCCACCAUGGCAGACGAUCCCUUCGGUUCCAUGGGGUCCUGCSUCGCCUGUGUGGUCUGGGUCUACCUCCACCGGAGGACAUACCGCGGGACAUGUUCCAGGGGUUUCGGGUGGCGUGACGGAGACAGCGCCACGCACAUGAGACAUGCCACCCCCUCCUCCUAGAGCACCUUUAGGUGAUCCAUCAUCGUCGCCCGCAGGCAGAGGCUCUCGAUGCCCACACACG